AUAAAAUCAACACUUAUUCAAACUUAAUUGUGUAGCAUUACUUUUUUGUGUCUUAAAAAUACUUUUUAAUAAGUAUUUUUAGUUUAAUGAUUUUUGGGAUAAAAGGAGCAUGAUACCAAAAGAAGUAACUUACUACACAGAGAAGAAAGUUCAGUAAUCAGUAAUAAAUAAUCUGGUGUAGUACUAGAAACAACAGUUGUACUCACGUAAUUAUGAAUGCAUUGACAGGAAUGGAUCAUUUGAAAAAGAUUGCAUUCAGAAUUGCUGUAUGUGGCGGCCUAGCGACAGUAGUUGCAAUAAAUUCCGUGCCAUUUAUAUUAAAUCGUAGAAUUCGUGAGACACAACACUACAAGAAGGCCUUGGAACUUUUAUCUAAUCAUGCAGAUGCCGUAAAGUAUUUGGGCAAACCAAUAACAGCUCGAAGAAUCCUGGUAUCUGAUCCAGAUCAUUAUGGUGCUGAUGACGAAAAAAUGUGGUUUAAAGUACCAGUGACAGGACCAAAUGGAAAAGGUUUUUUGUUUUACAAUGUAAAAGUGAAAGAUUAUGACAAAAAUUCACCGGAGUUAUCGCGAGUUGAACUCACAGUUGAUAAAUUUAAGGAUUACAAGUUGAUAAUAAAAUCCGAAUAG